UCUUACUACAUCGGGUCUCGGAUGUAGUUUGCAAUGAAUUGUAUUUUACAGUGAAACGUUUGUGUCGAUACAAUAAUGAUUUUGAUUAUUGCUUUGUAGUUGCAGGAUUUAGCGGUCAGUCCACUCGUUUUCGAUCCAACUCGGAACACAGUUGAGUGCGUCAUUCCAGAUCAUGAGAAGGCUCCACAUUUUCCUGGGCUGAAGAAACUUCUGCGCUCUUUGUGUUGGGUUUUGCUCUAUAUAAGCUUUGUCGUGAGUACUUUUUCAUCGCAGUGGGUGAUAAAGAAGCUGAGAACAUGGAACAAAGAGAAAAUUUGGAACAAAACUGCAACAUUUCCGAGCUCUAUGAUGUUUUUUUCCCUCCUAAGCAUGAUGAAGAAUCCGAGCCCAAUAAUUUUGGCGAAGCUAGGUAUGAUGAAGCAUCAGAAGAGCCUAGUGCUGACCAAGGCAAUUUUGUGAUUAUCAUGUCUUGUAUUCUUGCCUUUGCCAUGGUGUCUGCGUUUGUGUUAUUGUUGCUAAUUUUGUUUGCAGUCGCACAGGUUUUUCUAAGCGAGAGUUUGAUUUCUACAUUGGUUCAAACCAUUUUGACGUUUGUUGUAACUGCAUGGUUUGGAUGUUUGAGUGUCAAAGGAGGAGUUCAUGAGAAAGUAGCAAAACAAAAUAAUCGUUCAGGAGGUGGAGAAGAGGAACGAACUAAUCGUUCGGGAGGUGGAGAAGAGAGCGGCAUAAGCUUGCUUCCGAAAGCAUCCUGAACCCUGGCUUUUAGCUCUUCUCUCCACGUAGGAACGCAGAAUGAAUACCGGCCAACUAAAGGGAAACCUGAAAAAAUAGGAGCGGGGGAUGACCCACCAUUAUCCUAUCAUCAUCUUAGUGGCUCGAUGCUUUAGAAACUAAUGAUAAGCACAGGUACGCGAAGUUAGCUGACUUAACCUACUCCCUUAUCACUCUUUAUUCAUUAGGAAACAGGAUUCAAAGUAGCUUUAAAAAAACCCUUUAUUCGUGUUCUCCUCCUUCAUUUCCGUCUAACUUUUAAAAUGAAUACUGAGGAAGUUUUAUUUUAGCAGCUUAAUCAUGAAUGUAGAACUGUAGAUCAAUCACUGCGGAGUUCUCGAGUCACACCCUAACUUUCAGUUAGUUUGUAUUGGUUGUAAUUUACUAGUGUUGUGAUUCAUGAACUGAUUUUAGUUUUUAGAUUGUAACUGUAGUCAAUUUUAAACCGAUAAUAAAAGAAAGAUACAAAGA